GAAUAGCUCUCUGCUUAUAAAUUUCCCCUUUUCACACUACUUACUGCAAAGGGGGGGAAUGGAAAACAGCCCCGUUGGCACAUUUCGGCCCAUUGGCAAUAUUUAAGCCGCCUCGUGGAUUGGUAGACAAGCGCAAUACCCGAACGGCCGACAGGAGCACAUUUGAUAAAGGCAUUGGGAAGGGAAAGCAUCCAGACAAUUCCAGGAGCCAUGGAACCGAGGAGAACCAGAUGGGAUGCCUUUCCCCAAAAGAACCUGGAAGCCGUGGAUAUCGCUGUCCUGGUUUUGUACUUUGUCUUUGUUUUGGCUGUUGGACUCUGGUCCAUGUGGAAGACGAAGCGGAGCACUGUGAAGGGCUACUUCCUUGCUGGAGGAGAGAUGGUGUGGUGGCCGGUGGGGGCUUCCCUGUUUGCCAGCAACGUGGGCAGUGGGCACUUCAUUGGCUUGGCUGGUUCCGGUGCGGCGUCUGGCAUCGCUGCCACGGCCUACGAAUGGAACGGCAUGUUCUGUGUCUUGGUGCUGGCGUGGCUGUUUCUUCCUAUCUACAUUGCAGCUGGAGUGACAACCAUGCCAGAGUAUUUACAGAGACGGUUUGGUGGCAAAAGGAUACAGAUCUUCCUAGCAAUCCUCUACCUGUUUAUCUAUAUAUUCACCAAAAUCUCAGUUGACAUGUACGCGGGGGCCUUAUUUAUCCAACAGGCCUUGCACUGGGACCUUUACGUGGCCGUCAUUGGCUUGCUGAUCAUCACAGCGGUUUACACAGUGGCAGGAGGCCUUGCAGCAGUCAUCUACACGGACACCCUCCAGACGGUCAUCAUGCUGGCUGGAGCCCUGACUCUCAUGGGAUUCAGCUUUGCCAAAGUGGGAGGUCUUGAAGACCUUCAGGACCGAUACUUCAAGGCUGUGGCCAGCAACCGUGAUGGAAACAGCAGCUGUGGACUGCCCAGAGAAGAUGCCUUCCACAUAUUUCGGGACCCGGUCACCUCUGACUUGCCAUGGCCUGGCGUCUUGGUUGGCAUGACCAUCCCAUCUUUGUGGUAUUGGUGCACAGACCAGGUAAUUGUUCAGAGGUCUCUUGCAGCCAAGAACCUGUCUCACGCCAAGGGAGGUGCCCUCUUGGCUUCCUACCUGAAAAUCCUCCCACUCUUUAUGAUGGUUUUUCCCGGCAUGAUUAGCCGCAUCCUUUUCCCAGAUCUGGUAGCCUGUGCAGAUCCAGCCAUCUGUAAAGAGAUAUGUGGCAAUCCCUCCGGGUGUUCCGACAUCGCCUACCCCAAGCUUGUCAUUGAACUCCUGCCAAUAGGACUGAGAGGCCUGAUGAUGUCCGUCAUGAUCGCAGCCCUGAUGUCUUCCCUGACCUCCAUCUUCAACAGCUCUAGCACCAUCUUCACCAUGGACCUCUGGAGGCAUUUCAGGCCACUAUCUUCCGAAUGGGAGCUCAUGAUUGUUGGCAGGGUGUUUGUUCUUCUUCUCGUUGUCAUAUCUAUCCUGUGGAUCCCGCUGGUGCAAGCCAGCCAAGGAGGGCAGCUCUUCAUCUACAUCCAGACCAUCAGUUCUUACUUACAGCCUCCGGUCGCCGUGGUCUUCAUUUUGGGCUGCUUCUGGAAGCGGGCGAACGAAAAGGGCGCUUUUUGUGGUCUUCUGUUGGGAAUGGUCAUGGGCGUGAUCCGGAUGGUCCUGGAUUUUGUCUACCUGCCGCCGCAAUGCGGAGAGCCAGACCAGCGGCCAGCAGUGGUGAAAGACGUUCACUAUCUCUACUUCUCCAUGAUCCUGGGAGUGGCCUCGCUUAUCGUGGUGGUGGCAGUCAGCCUCUUGACGGAGUCUCCUCCAAAAGAAAGGAUCAGCCGCUUAACGUGGUUCACCCGCAAGGAUGUUCCCGUGAAGAAGGACUUUUCUAUAGUCUCUAGCAGUCCCUGCGCUCUUCCCGUCGAUGGCAUCCAGGUCCCUCCUCUUGCUCCUCCAGUCCAGUUUGAGAUCAGCGAUGGCCCCGAAAACAUCAGUGACAAAAAAACUUGUGCCCUGGAUGGCAAGAAGGCCUCCAAACUUAUGCGGCUGGUCUUGUGGGUCUGUGGGAUGGAGCGCCAAGAUGCCGACACACCCCAGAUGACUGCAGGGACCAAAGAGGAGACCGACUUGGCAUUGGUAGAAGAGGCACCCGCCGUGAAGCACAUCCUUAAUGUCAACUUGAUAUUGUGCCUGAGCGCCGGAGUCUUCCUCUGGGCUUACUUCGCGUAGCGUUCCCAAAUUAUGCCAAUUGCAAGGAUACUGUCCAUGGUCUUGGGUUUCCAAUGCAAGUGGAGUUGGGUCCUCCUGCAACUUCUCUUCCCCCUGAAAUGGUACCCAAGGACAAACGCAGAGGGUUUCCCAUGUUUUGGGGUGUGUUGCAGGCGGAUAAAGUGGAAACCAGUGAUUCUGGGUGAAGGAGAUUUUUUUACAGAACAUUUUAUGAGGUCUCCCAUGCUUUCCACCCCACGCUGGAUCCUGCCCAUUCUUGCACAGAUAAUGCUCUGGGUACAUCGUCAUGCAAAGUCAGCUUGGGAUUCAAGCAACAGGUGAGACUUUCCUUAAAGAAACCUGCCAGUAUGUGUGCCCCUUUGAGGAGAAGAUAUUAAAAACUGCCUUGCUGGACCAGAUAGAGUUCCUUCCUGCCAGGUACUUUGUUCUCAAAACCCAUCAGCCAAAGCAGUUGCUGGCAUUGAUGGUCUUCUCCCCUCCAUCUUGACCUCAACGCCUGAUAUUCUGAAGAUGAUCAAUGGCCUCUGAAGAGGAGGUCCAAUGAUUAAUAGGAUUACUAACAUUUGUGGUAGGCAUACCCACAACUCAGUUACAUCCUUGUGGACCAGUAGCUUCAUUGGUUAGGAACCUAUUGCAAUUUGGUGCGGGAGACCCCUUCUUGCAAAACGACAGCUCCCAGGGUUGAUUGGCCAAAUGUUGAGGCUAAUUUAACAGAUCUGCAAAUUAUUUAUUUCUAUAGGAUAGAUAACACUUUAAAACUCUUAGUCCCUAGUGGGCCAGAUUGCAUAACACACUUUGCAUGGUUUUGGCAGAGGUAAACUCAGGCAGCGAAAGAUGUCCGUUUGAUGGAGCAUGUGCUUUCCCUCAGAUAUGUAUCUUGCACUUAGCGUGCUUUAUUUAGUGAUCUGUCAGUGGAAGGUAGAAGAUGAGCUUCAUUUGCAAGUCUGAGGCAUGUUAUCUCUGAAGAAAUCCCUUCGAAGGAGGAAAAAUGGGUUAAUUCACAGUCCUGCCACCUCUCCCAGCCCUAAAAUGCAUAAACACUAGAGCUUUUUAGCAGAGGAUUCCAAGUCCCCAUCCAAACUAUACAUCCCAGGAUUCCUCAAGGUGGGGGGAACAAAAUGGCAUGGUGCAAGAAUAUUCUGUGUUUAUGAGAGAUGUGUAUGCAUUCAUCUAGAGGAAGUGUUGACAGUGUUCCCCUUGAAGCACAUUAAAAAAUGCAGACAGUGGGAUUAUUUUUUUACAGAAUAUUUUAUGAAUGCCAUGGUUUUUUCCAUGGUAUUUAAAAUGCACACACACACACGCACACACGCAUAUAUAAGUGUGUGUUUUUAUUUAUUAUGUGGAAUGGGGUUAAGUGCUUAUGGAAAGGUGCUUUCGUUUGUCCGUGCGCCUACUUGUUUUAAGUUGUUUUCUCUCGCAAUACAACAUAACCAGCCUCAGUGCACUGGGAAAUGGCCUCCUAUGAGCCUUGCGCUCUUUCCGUCAACACAAUUAUGGCAAUAAAUAUUUGCGGCCCAGCUGUACGAAUCGUGCGCAGUGUCGCCUGAAGCUUGUUUCUAGUAACGUCCAUAGAAUCGAAUGGGGCUUACCUGUGAGUCAAGGUGCGCGGGGAAAACCCAACACAGCAAGCAGGCUUAUUGGUAAUAAAUGUGUUUCAAUGA